AUGAAGAUGAGAGCUGGUACACAACGACUCUGAACUUCGAAGCAAGAUCUUAUACCACUACAUAUACUGAUGAAGAUGGUUCCACUAAGAUGGGCGUUGUUGUCGUGACUACUGAUGAGAACCAGAGAUGGUUAACUAGUACACUGAACUUGGAUGGAAAUGUGUACACCACUACCUAUGUCGAUGAAGAUGGUGGUACAAAGACCGGAUUGGUGAUUGUUACUAUAGAUGAAGAUGAGAGCUGGUACACAACGACUCUGAACUUCGAAGCAAGAUCUUAUACCACUACAUAUACUGAUGAAGAUGGUUCCACUAAGAUGGGCGUUGUUGUCGUGACUACUGAUGAGAACCAGAGAUGGUUAACUAGUACACUGAACUUGGAUGGAAAUGUGUACACCACUACCUAUGUCGAUGAAGAUGGUGGUACAAAGACAGGCUUGGUGAUUGUUACAACAGAUGAAGAUGAGAGUUGGUACAGUACUACCCUGGAGUUCAAAUCGACAUCUUAUACCACUACAUAUACUGAUGUUGAUGGUUCCACUAAGAUGGGUGUUGUUGUCGCGACUACUGAUGAGAACCAGAGAUGGUUAACUACGACACUGAACUUGGAUGGAAAUGUGUACACCACUACCUAUGGCGAUGAAGAUGGUGGUACAAAGACAGGCUUGGUGAUUGUUACAACAGAUGAAGAUGAGAGUUGGUACAGUACUACCCUGGAGUUCAAAUCGACAUCUUAUACCACUACAUAUACUGAUGAAGAUGGUUCCACUAAGAUGGGCGUUGUUGUCGUGACUACUGAUGAGAACCAGAGAUGGUUAACUAGUACACUGAACUUGGAUGGAAAUGUGUACACCACUACCUAUGUCGAUGAAGAUGGUGGUACAAAGACAGGCUUGGUGAUUGUUACAACAGAUGAAGAUGAGAGUUGGUACAGUACUACCCUGGAGUUCAAAUCGACAUCUUAUACCACUACAUAUACUGAUGUUGAUGGUUCCACUAAGAUGGGUGUUGUUGUCGCGACUACUGAUGAGAACCAGAGAUGGUUAACUACGACACUGAACUUGGAUGGAAAUGUGUACACCACUACCUAUGUCGAUGAAGAUGGUGGUACAAAGACCGGAUUGGUGAUUGUUACUAUAGAUGAAGAUGAGAGUUGGUACAGUACUACCCUGGAGUUCAAAUCGACAUCUUAUACCACUACAUAUACUGAUGCUGAUGGUUCCACUAAGAUGGGCGUUGUUGUCGUGACUACUGAUGAGAACGAGAGAUGGCGAACUACGACACUGAACUUGGAUGGAAAUGUGUACACCACUACCUAUGGCGAUGAAGAUGGUGAUACAAAGACAGGCUUGGUGAUUGUUACAACAGAUGAAGAUGAGAGCUGGUACACAACGACUCUGAACUUCGAAACAAGGUCUUAUACAACUGCGUAUAUUGACGAAGAUGGUUCCACUAAGAUGGGCUUCGUUGUUGUUACGACUGAUGAAAAUGAGAGCUGGUUCACUUCAACACUGAAGUUGGAGGAAAAUGUGUACACCACCACCUAUGUCGAUGAAGAUGGCAUCCCAAAGACAGCUAUUGUUAUUGUUAUUUCUGAUGUAAAUAAGACUUGGUACACUAAUAUGCCUGCUUUUGAAGAUGUUCUGCUCACAUCUGGACCCAAACCCAAACCUGUCGUUCAUUAUUAUAUCACCAUCACACCCAAUUCAGGAGAUGAAAUAGUGGUAAAAACUAUAGGUGUAAUUAUUGAAGGUCCAGUUAUUGGUUGCAGCUCAGAAAUUGUUGAUAUUCCUAGUGCCGUAGAUUAUACGAAAUUGACCCAAGCUGUUACCAAGACCGUUGUUGUGGCAGAAACUAGCUGUCAAGGUAAUGAAUGUGUAGAAAUGGAGAGAACUGAGGAAAUAAACUCUGAAGAGACGACAUGGGCAGCAGCAUUUGAAUCGCAACCUUCGAUAGUGCUCGAAGGUGGUGCGUCUUCGAGUAUUUGCAGAGCUAAUAUGGCUGGCAUUUUUGUGGGCUUGAUUGGAUUUCUUUUUAUUUAA